AUGUUUGUUACCAAGUCAUUUCUCCUCUUUCUUCUCGAUAUAAUAAUAUCCGUUGUCAAUUCAGAAGCAGAUGUGCCUCCUCCCCCUGAGCCCGAACCUAUCGAUGUGAUUGAGUUGCCGCUCCCACCUGUAUCUGACAGCACGAAAGGUUCAUGUACCUCAGAGUCAGGCUGUAUCCUACGGCAUGGAGGGCUGAUUCAGUCAGGAAGCUUUUUACCUGACGGCAACCACGUUAUUGCGCGUGUCAACUAUACCGGUGCACCCGAUUCAGGAAGCAUAUACGCUGGCGACCAAAUAAUACUCAUCAAAUCCGAUGGCACUACUUUCCCUAAUGGCAGCCCGUUCAAAUGCGUUACCUGUGGAAUCCCCCAGGAUAACGCUGUUGGUCGAGCCAACGAUCUGGAUUAUCCUCAGGCAUUCCGCGACGGAAAACGGAUUUUAGCCGGUACUAAUAUUAUUGAUUGCGGAGAAUUCGAUCUCAGGAGCGAUCGAUGUGUCCCCGAGUCGACAUUUAUAUAUCCCAUCCGUUGGAACACUGCCGUGGAUGGGUCGGGAGAGGGUGGGAUCCUUCGCGAAUUGCGUUUACACCCUGAUAACAUACAUAUCGGCUUCAAUUCAUUCGCCAGCACUGCGGGAAAAUUGGGCCAGUACGGCUACGUGGGAAGGCUUGAGUUUAACCCAUCGCCAACCACGGGCCUACCUAUGGCACCCCGAUAUGACUUAGCGAAUGUGAACGUCUUGGUUAGCGAUGGUAUUAGAAACCAGCCACUCCUCUUUGACGGAAAUCGGAUCCGUGUCAACACUGAUGCUAUCACCGUGGGCGAAUUUAGAGGAUUUAGUGGAAGUGGUAGGGAGGCUACGUAUAUCGGUAGUCCGAGAGAAUCAUCAAACAUCGACGUGCUCACGAGUCACCCCGAGUACUGUGACCCCAUUGAUAUCUCGGCGGAUGAUGAAUGGAUAGCAAUUAUGGAUACUCGAGGUAGCGAUAGGCAGAUGUUCAUGGCUGGCAUGCGGAAUAUCCCCCCCAUCACGGAUUUAGUUUCUGCGACAGCGGCAUCUUCCACCCGAAAUAACGGCGAGCGACGUUUCUUUCAGCCGUAUCUCCUCGAUAGGUAUGGCGACCGCGGGGAUUAUUACGGACAGCGUAUCAAUGGGGCGGGUGAUGGGAGCCCGGGCAGCAUCAAUGACCCACUAUGGAACGGACGAGCCGACCCUAGAUUCUCUCCAGACACCACGCGGUUGGUGUAUUGGGAAGCUCUUGUCGUUGCGCCGGCUUGCGGAGGUAAUAACCCACUUCCUUGCCCUAAUUCGACCGAGCCGGGUGGUCGGACGGAGCGAGUGAUGAUGGCGCAUUUCACUUCUCGCCAGCCGGUACCACUGGCACAUGUUGAGCCACUAAACGACACUAUCCCUUGGGCCACCCCUUACGAGCCGGGAUACGUCCCUCCCCUACCACUAUUCGUUUCUAGCGGCCAGUAUAUAAUGGAUGGUGCGGUAGCUGGUUCGGCUCAUAUCACCAUCGUCGCGGACACCAACCUUACAAUUGUCAAGUCUGUUGCUGUGAAAUACGACAACUUCUCUGACGAUGGACUUACCUUCCUCGAUGGCACGGAGAACGUCACGACACGGAAUCCAACCAUCACUCUGAACCUAGUCGACUGGUAUUCCGACCUGGUUCAGACCGGACAGACGAAUGCUACUAAGGUGACUAGCCCCGAUGGAUUCCAUUUGUCUAUUGACGCGUUCACGAAUAUCUUCGAUGCGAACGGCACGCUGAGCACUACCAUCAAUGAAUGGCCUCGCCAACUCAGAAGGCUACCCGAAAACCGCAUGCGAAGACUCGGACAGGAUGCCGAGUGUGCAAAUCCAGGAAAACGUGGGAUUAAUUGCGAUUUCAACAUAUCAACCCACCCUACGACCCCUAAUCCUCAUGUUGCCGGCAGCAGUACCGGGCGUACCCCCACUAGCCAGGUCACAUCUCCCAUAGAUACUUCCAUUCAUAAUCAACAUGCGCCGACAGGCUGGUUUAGUGCUCUCGACCUCGAGCUUCUCCAUCACUUUACUACUUCAACAUGCUUUACCUUUUCCACUGAACCGAUGCUUCGUAACUUCUGGCGUGUGAACCUACCGCAGAUGGGAUUCUCGUAUGAAUAUGUCCUUAGAGGCCUUCUUUCCGUUGCCGCAUUGCACCUUUCCCGGUUCAAACCACAGCGGAGAGAUACCCUAAUCGAACGAGCCAUGGUUCACCACAACGCGUCGUCAUCUAUGGUACUAACUAUACUUAAUGACUUCACUUCUCCCCAUUCAGUACCCAUAUUCUUCUUCAGCAUGCUCACGACAUGGUUCGCGUUUGCUAACCCCAGGGAACCGGAUAACCUCCUUUUAAUAUCGAAUGGAGUCACGCCCGAAUGGCUAUUUCUUUUCAGAGGCAUGCGUAGCGUAAUAGAACUCAAUAGUGACGCUAUAAGCUCCAUCGCGGCAUUGAGUUUCAUAUUCGACUCGGGCAGACAGAUGAACGAAGUUUGGGAAAAUACUACGCCCCCCGAACACGAAGGCCUUAAAGAACUGGAAAAUAACCUCAAGUUAUACGUCAAAGAUCCGCAGAAAUUAGACGAACUUACCCACGGAAUAGAAUCACUAAAGCGGAGCUUCGUCUAUUUCUCCAAUGGUAACUUUACCGAUGAUCAGCGGCUUAGAGCUGCAUUUAUGUGGCUAUUCAAGGUUCGAGAGAAUUUUGUAACGUUACUAAAGGAACGGGAUAACGAAGCAUUGUGCGUGCUUUCUUUCUUCUGUGUCCUACUUCAACGACUUGACUACCUCUGGUGUAUAGAAGGCUGGGGUAUGCAUUUGGUUGGAAGGAUAUACUCUGUGUUAGAUGAGGGACAUCGACUAUGGAUUCGAUGGCCGAUUGAGGAGAUUGGUUGGGUCCCUUAG